AGGAAAACAAUGAAUCCCGUUGAAUCACUCUUCAUAUUGUAUCUAGUAAUUUUUAUUUCUGGCAUCACCUCAAAGGCAGCUUUUUAUCUGAAUAAUAAUGUCAAAGACGUUCAGUAUAUGUUGAAUGAUGUGCUUCAGCCGCAAUGGAUCCUGGGGAAAUGGUGCAUUCGAUAAGUAGAGAAAUGUCAGGUUUUGAUAAAAUUAAAGAGGAAGUAAUGAAAGCAAAGUUGUUUAAUAAAUCAAAUCAUCAAGGUGGAGUCAAGGACCAGUCUACAGACCCGUAUAUCUUUCUUUCUGACAAGUUACCUACCAAUAACAAGUACAUGGCAACAAUAGGAAAUGGUUUCCUAGCAACAGUGGUAUAUGGAGAUACAGUAUAUAUGAAUGGUGUAUACAAUGGUUUCUAUGACCACAGUCACCGAGCAAGAAUCCCAUCAACAGGUGCUAUUCAGUUUUCUCUGGACGGGAAAUACAAUGGCAAUGAGAACUAUGCUUUGGAUGUGAGGAAAGUGCUUGAAAGUGAUGAGUGA